AUGCAACCACCCAAAUCAAAGUGGCGCAUCGAUCUAGCAGCUUGCACGGUGCUGAUGAAGAAGGUGACCGUGGUUGCUGCACUGCUGCUGUUCCUCCCGUUCGUCGUCAAGGCUAAGGAUGGCAAUGUGGCCGGAUGGAAGCCGAACGAGACACCGGAGACACCGGAAUCGGACCUGACGGUGCCGCCGUUCGUCUUCAACGUGUCCGAGAUAAACGAGCCCGUGAGGCUCACACUGGACGUGGCUGCACGAGGAGGUUACACAGCCUUCAUGACGGAGCUGCACAGGAGACUGGAGGCCACGGCCAACGGGUGGACCAUCAAGGAGCGUCCGGUGCUGGGCGUGCAAAGGCUUAAAUGCAGCCGCCGGACACCUGGAUCUACGUGGACCUCAAGUGGGGCGGCGUGAUGCCCACCCUUGCCAUCAGGGCAGACAACUUGUACCUUGUCGGAUUCCAGCUGAAUGGAGGUCCGUGGUACGUGUUCAAGAACACGUUUUGGUGGGUUCGCCCUCUGCUCCCCGGGUCCAUCCC